AUGGCUAUGCUCGAUAACAUUGGUUCGCACGACGGUUAUUGGAGGUUACGGGCGGUUACCGGCGGUUACGUGCGGUUACUGGCGGUUAUCGACAGUUAUGGCGGUUACUGUUGGUUAUUGGCGGUUAACGAGAAGGGAGGGAUGGAUCAAUCGAACAUAAUGAAAAAUCACAUGGAGAAACCCGAGAAAUUCAAGGGCUCGGAUUUCUAUUGUUGGCAACAAAAGAUGUUGUUUUACUUAACAACUCUUCAUGUUUCCAACGUCCUCACCAAAGACGAACCAUCACCACCGAUUGGUCAAGAUGGUGCGCCACCCAGCCAAAGGCAAGUGGCUGCCCAUCAAAGGGCAAUCGAUGCAUGGAGAACCAAUGAACAUAAUUGCCGAAAUUAUAUUCUGAAUGCUCUUGACGAUUCCUUGUAUGACAUCUACUCAACGUUUGGGACAACAUGCGAAAUUUGGGAGUCCUUGGAUUCUAAAUAUAAAACUGAGGCUACGUGUUCCAAACGAUUCGUAGUAGGCAAAUUUCUGAACUAUCGAAUGGUUGACGGAAAACCGGUGAUGAAGCAAGUUGAAGAAUUGCAAGUACUUUCCCACGAACUUGAAGUAGAAGGCAUGGGCAUAAAUAAUAACUUCCUGGUUUGGUCAAUAAUCGACAAGCUUCCCCACACUUGGAAAAACUUCAAGCUUUACUUGAAGCACUUAUCGGAGGAUAUUACCUUCGAGCAACUUGUUCUCAAGUUACGAGUGGAGGAAGACAAUCGAUUAACCGAAAGGACCGAUGCCCUCACCUUUGAACCAAACGCCAACAUGGUUGAAGGAAGCACUUCAAGGCAAAAAUUUCCGAAAUUCAAAGGGAAACAACCAAUGACCAAGAGGCCUUUCAAUUAUGGGAAAGGUCCGAUAGCUCCUAAAAGGAAGACUUUCAAAACAGUCAUACAUUGCUGGGUUUGUGGGAAACCAGGUCAUAGAGCCAAGGAUUGUUGA